AUGCUGCGCUCCAUUGUCUCCCUACCGCUUCUUGCGGCCACCGCGCUCGCCUAUCCCGCUGCGUCUUCGCAGCGCUUUGACUAUGUCAUUAUCGGUGGUGGUACCAGCGGUCUGGUCGUUGCCAACCGUCUUUCCGAGUUGAAGAAUGUUACCGUCGCUGUCAUUGAGGCCGGUGACUCUGUCUACGACAACGUCAACGUUACCAGCCCCUCUGGCUACGGAUUGGCCUUCGGCACCGAUAUCGACUACGCCUACCAGACUACUGCUCAGAAGUAUGGCGGCAACAAGACUCAGACCCUCCGUGCCGGCAAGGCUCUCGGCGGUACCAGCACCAUCAACGGCAUGGCUUACACCCGUGCUCAGGACGUUCAGAUCGACAUCUGGGAGCGUCUUGGCAACGACGGCUGGAACUGGAACAACCUUCUCAAGUACUACAAGAAGUCCGAGACUCUCCAGCCCCCCACCACCGUGCAGGUUGACGAUGGCGUCACCUACAUCCCUGAGCAGCACGGUACCUCUGGUCCUCUCAAGGUCGGCUGGAAGUCCGGCGGUGUCGAGAAGUCCUUCGUCGACGUCUUGAACCAGACCUACAAUGCCGUUGGCGUCCCUGCCCUGAAGGACAUUGCUGGUGGAGACAUGGUCGGCUGGAACAUCUACCCCGCCACCCUUGACACUGCUCUCCAGGUUCGCGACGAUGCUGCCCGCGCCUACUACUUCCCCUACCAGAACCGCACCAACUUCCGCGUCUUCUUGAACACCGAGGCUCAGAAGCUCGUCUGGGCUGAGGGAGCUGAGGCCACCGCCUCCGGAGUUCUCGUCAAGGACAAGACCGGUGCUACCCACACCGUCUAUGCCAACAAGGAGGUCAUUCUCUCUGCUGGUUCUCUCAGAUCUCCUCUCCUCCUGGAGCAGUCUGGCGUUGGAAACCAAGAGAUCCUGAAGGCCGCCGGCAUCCAGACUAAGGUCAACCUCCCCACCGUCGGUGAGAACCUCCAGGACCAGAUGAACAACGGCCUCGCCCAGACCAGCUCCAAGAACUUCACCGGUGUCACCACCUUCGUUGCCUACCCCAACGUCGACGACGUCUUCGCGAACCAGACCGCUUCUCUCGCCGCCAACAUCAAGACCCAGCUCUCCCAGUGGGCCGCCCAGGUCUCCGAGUACACCAACGGCGUCGUCACCAAGGAGCAGCUCGACAAGUUCUUCGACAUCCAGUACGACCUCAUCUUCACCGACAAGGUCCCCCUCGCUGAGAUCCUCAUCACCCCUGCUGGUUCUUCCUUCUCCACCGAGUACUGGGCUCUCCUUCCCUUCGCUCGCGGCAACAUCCACGUCACCGGCGCCAACUCCUCUGCUGCAAAGAUCAACCCCAACUACUUCAUGAUGGACUGGGACAUGACCGAGCAGAUUGGUACUGCCAAGUUCAUCCGCCAGCUGUACAAGACUGCUCCCCUGAGCCAGUACUUCGCUAGCGAGACUAAGCCUGGUUUGGCCACCAUUGCCGAGGACGCCUCUGACGAUGUUUGGUCCAAGUGGAUCCUUGAGAACUACCGCUCCAACUUCCACCCCGUCGGCACCACCGCCAUGAUGUCCAAGGAGCUGGGCGGUGUUGUCGAUGCCAACCUCAAGGUCUACGGCACCAGCAACGUCCGCGUUGUCGAUGCCGGUGUCCUGCCUUUCCAGGUUUGCGGCCACCUUGUGUCCACUCUCUACGCCAUUGCCGAGAAGGCCUCGGACAUCAUCAAGGCUUCCGCCUAG